AAACUGGUUGGAAUAAAUAGUUGAAAUCGUCGCAUGUUGUCGCGAUUAGCACGGUCAUUGCAAACAGGAGUCAAGAUGCCGUUCAAGGUGUUGGUCACGCAUUACGACGUCCCCGAACGCGGGUUGGAGAUUCUAAGGCAGAAUGGCUGUGAGUUGAUAAUUAACGAGGAAAAGCCAUCGGCAAGUUACGAUGAGAUUAAAAAGAAGAUUCCGGGAGUUGAUGCAGUUUUUCUUGUGACUAAACACAAAGUUGAUGCGGCAUUAAUUGCAGCUGCGGGACCACAGUUGAAAGUUUUGGGUACCAUGUCCGCGGGUUUCAAUCACAUUGAUGUUGCUGAACUGAAGAGGAGGAAGGUGCUGGUUUCAAAUACCCCGGACGUUGUCAGCGCACCCACAGCGAAUUGUGCUAUUUUAUUAGCGCUUGCUGCUGGCAGGCGAAUGUUAGAAGCACGUGAACAAAUUUUCAAGGAAAAUUGGACCUAUGGUCCCCAAUGGCUCCUUGGCUAUGACCUUACUGGAUCAACCAUCGGGAUAGUAGGUUUCGGUGGCAUUGGCCAAGCUAUUGCUAAACGUCUGAAGUCCUUUGACAUCAAAGAACUUUUAUAUUCCGGUCCCCGCGAGAAACCAGAAGCGGCCGCCCUUGACGCAAAGUUUGCAUCCCUUGAUGAUUUGGUCUCUAAAUCAGAUUUCGUCUUCAUUGCUGCUCCGCUCACGGAGAAAACAAAAUAUAUGUUCAACAAAACCCUCUUUGCCAAAAUGAAACGCACCAGUAUUUUAGUUAAUAUCGCUAGAGGUGAAUUGGUUAACCAGGAUGAUCUGAUAGAAGCCUUGCAGACGAAGCAAAUCUUUGCGGCUGGGUUAGAUGUGAUGUACCCGGAACCCCUACCAAAGGAUCACAUGCUUUUAAAGCUUCCAAAUUGCGUGGUCAUACCACACAUUGGGACAGCGACGUACGCGGCCCGUACGUCGAUGGCGGAGUUGUGUGCUAAUAAUAUUAUCGAAGGUUUGAAGGGCAAACCGUUGUUAACUCCACUUUAAUUGCAACCGGGAACCAUUGUGGACAGCUUUUACGACAAGUCUAAUUGCUGCAAAUAAUGGGCUUUGUGUGUUGCCACUGGACCAAAAUAAACUAAUAUCAAACAA